AUGGCAAUCAGGGUGGCUGAACUAUUUCACAUCCUAAUGCAGUUAUUGCAAUCUGUAACAUUUGUGUGCUCAGCUAUCGACUGUGGGUGUCCCCCCAGCGGCACCAAGUCUGAUGUAAGCUACACAACAACAGUUCUCAACGCCACUGCCACUUACAUGUGCCAGCCUGACACAACGCGCUUGAGAGGUGACAGACAUCUAGUUUGCAAUACACAGAGACAAUGGCAAGGAACUCCCCUCAUCUGUGAAGCUAUCGACUGUGGGUGUCCCCCCAGCGGCACCAAGUCUGAUGUAAGCUACACAACAACAGUCCUCAACGCCACUGCCACUUACAUGUGCCAGCCUGACACAACGCGCUUGAGAGGUGACAGACAUCUAGUUUGCAAUACACAGAGACAAUGGCAAGGAACUCCCCUCAUCUGUGAAGAUUUGCAAUGCAAUCAGCCCAAUGAGAUCUCCAAUGGUUAUGCGAAAACUGGAAAACUAAACAUAGCCUCCCUUUCGGCCAUCCAAUGCAAUGAAGGAUUCUUUUUCGAUGGAGAAGAUCCAAUUUUAACCUGUACGAAGCUCUCGGCCUACUCUGCCGAAUGGACCAGCAUCAAGGGGAAAUGUCAACCUCUUCCACCGAACAUCACUCUCAAUGCCACAGACGAAAACAUCUCGCUCUCGAUUGACCACACCAUCUCGCCUCAACUGAUUCAGUACUACUGUAUUAUGGUGAGCUCACUGCACAAAGAAGGGGAAAUGUCCAACGAAAGUUGCUAUGAAGGGCCUGAUGUAGUGAUGGAGCGAUCGGCAAGCUCUGACGUCAUCCAGCUGAGAGCAUACGUGAUCACUGAUGAGAAUCUAACCAGCAAAUUCUCUCCCAGCGUCAUUGUUCUGCCCAUCCCAAUAGGUCCAAAAGAGCCGAGCUCAUGCCCGGCUGCUUCAACUGGAGUUAUCGCUGCAGGCGGAUUUCUGAUCGUGAUGGUCCUAGUAUCCACUGGGGUGAUGGCACUGCUCUGCUGCAAGGUUCGUGCUAGAGAUGCCACGACAACUGCGAAAGAUCUCGAACUGAUUAGAGCACCUGCCUUGUUUCAGCCACAACAGCAUGGAGAGCGGGAGAUGCAAGAUGACCACGGCCAGGGCAUGUGUGUGUCCAACAGCUAUGAUCAACAAGGGGAAGAGGACCACGAAUCUGACAUGUACAUAAACUGCGAUGUUGCGGACGUGGACGUGGAGGCGGAUGGUGAGAGUGUGACCUACGACAACUUUGAUCCUGCAGAAAUCGCUACAGGCCUCAGCACGCACGAUGCUCAACAACCGCCAUCUAGCUACAUGAAUGUCAUUCAACCAUGUGAUUCUGGCAAGGAGAUGACCGCCCAGGAAAAGACUGAGACUUUCUCCAGAUACAGUGCGCCCCCGAGAGCACAGACCCAGAAUGCCUCUCAUCAUCGGGCGAGCACUUCACGUGAUGUGUUCAGCUCCAUGCAGACAGCUGGUAGCGUUACGCCACCUCUACCCCCAGAUGGAUCGGGCGGCCUUCAUGGUGCAUCUCAAGAGGGAACGGGCGACCAACGUACGGUGGCUGGUGAUGCGGCACAAGAUGAUCAGCCCAUCUACAUGAAUCACGCGAACUGAAGAACUAGGCGUGCGGCUGUUCGUCCGAUUGCACCCAACGCCAACUGGACAAGCCGCAGUCUUCUCGGAAUGCACGACACACUCUGCGAAACAUUCUUUGCUUUACCUGUUCUGUAUUUCCCCGCGUGCUGCAAACAUCACAAGUUUCAUAUCACAACCAUUUUUUGAACUAUUUUUAAAUCUCUCACAAAGAUGUACCUUUGGAGCUUGUCUACUUCAUCUGUUGCACAAAGCACUCUCAGUAUAAAUCUUAUUCCGUGUUGGCAUCUGUUGGAAGACUGUCUUUGAUUACCGACACUCUCUGCACCCUGAUGGAUUUCCAAACCAAUAUUCCGCUAGUACAUUGCUGAAUUUUGUCACGUAUCACCCACACCUCAUUGUAGUUUUCAGAAUCUCUAUGUUAUGUAAUUUUUAACACUGUUUCUAGGAUAUGUGUUCAACAGAAUAAUGAUAUCAUUCAUGCUGAUCCUGCUUUAAAAUUCCCCUUUCCGGAUAUUACCUGUUUUUCGUCACUGCUAAGUUUUGUAAAAUUAAUAUUUUUUCACACCUUCUCAGAUCUCUUACAUCUUUCUACAUUCGCUGAGUCACACUCA